AACAUCAUGCGUCUGUAGGCGGACCCAGGAGCCAAGUGACAGCGGAGACGGUUAAGCAGCCACAACGACAGGGUCAACUUAGUCACUGCAGUUGUCUGAACACUGGAUUGCAGGUAUUCUGACAGCCAGAGAGAAGAUAAUAUCGCUCAGUGACGGUAUUGACUGACUCGAGAGUGUCCGGUUUCUUCACUCUGAGGGAUUGCGAUGCCCUCUGACUUUAUCUCCCUUUUCAGCGGGGACCUCGACCUGAAUUCUCCCAGAUCCUUCUACUCAAAAGAAUCGGCUUAUGACCUUCUUCCCAUCGAGCUACAGCUGCCUUCCUCCACUCAGCAGAGCCCAAAAGUCAUGAGUCAAAAGAGCGGCGGAGAGGCAGGGCCUCCCCCUUCAGCGGCUCUAGCAUCAGAUGCCGUGUCCUCCUCUAUGACCACGGAAGGCCCCCGCAGUGCUUUUUCCACCUCUUCCAGCCCCACCAUGCAUUCCAGUGCUUCAGCCAGUGACCAGAACCCAGUCCACGGCGGCAAUGUUGACCCCGAGGACGCCAGGAGCAGCCGAGUGGUUCCAGAGGUGGUCGGAGCAGAAGGUGGCAAUGGUAACGGCAGCGGUGGCGGUAACUGCAGGAGUAGCGGUGAGCUAGGAGGAACAAGAGGCGUAACAUCCCAGGAUGGCCAGCCACAUCAUCAGAUGACCCCAUCUAAGCGCCGCACUGUACUGAACAUCUCUCCACCUCCACAAGACCUGUUGGAUGAGAGCCAGAUGUCUUGCCAGAAUGAAACAUCCCAGGACUCGGAGCAGAGUAACAGCAUCUGGAUGGAAGACUCUCUCUCCAACUUCAGCAUCAUUAGCUCUGUCUCUUACAAUGACAACACAGAGGUGCCACGAAAGUCCCGCAAACGUACCCCUCGGCAGAGGCCUGGCCCUAAGUCUGCAGGACGCGGGGAAGCCAACAUGGACGUCUUUGAUGCGGACAGUGCCAAAGGUCCACACUUUGUCCUGUCACAGCUAGGCCCUGACAACAAGACUGGAUCCAAAGGAAGCAGCUCUAAUGAUCCUCAGACAACAAGCCAGAAAGGAGGAACUCUUUCGACACAAUACCCGCAGAAGAGUGAGGGGAAGGAGGUGAAGAUCCUCGUCCAGCCAGAGACUCAGCACCGAGCCCGCUAUCUGACUGAAGGCAGCAGAGGGUCAGUGAAGGACCGCACUCAGCAGGGCUUUCCCACUGUAAAGCUGGAGGGAGUGAAUGAGCCAGUGGUCUUGCAGGUGUUUGUGGGCAACGACGCUGGGCGUGUCAAGCCUCACGGUUUUUAUCAAGCUUGCCGGGUGACCGGCCGCAACACCACAGCCUGCAAAGAGGUGGACAUUGAUGGCACAACUGUCAUCGAGGUGUCCCUUGAUCCGAGCACCAACAUGACACUAGCGGUGGACUGUGUUGGGAUCUUGAAGCUCCGUAAUGCUGAUGUCGAGGCUCGUAUUGGUGUGGCAGGGUCUAAGAAGAAGAGCACACGCGCUCGGCUGGUGUUUCGGGUCAACAUCCCCCGUCCAGAUGGAUCAGUGCUCAUGCUACAGACUCCCUCAUCUCCAAUCCUGUGUACUCAGCCUGCAGGAGUGCCUGAAAUCCUGAAGAAGUCUCUGCACAGUUGUUCAGUGAGAGGUGGAGAAGAGGUCUUUAUCAUUGGCAAAAACUUUCUUAAAGACACCAAAGUCAUAUUUCAGGAGAAUGUCUCUGAUGACAACUCGUGGAAGGCGGAGGCUGAAAUUGACAUGGAGCUGUUUCACCAGAAUCACGUGAUAGUGAAGGUUCCUCCGUACCAGAACCAAGCCAUCACCUCGUCAGUGUGUAUAGGAAUCUAUGUGGUGACGAAUGCCGGGAGAUCCCAUGAUGUUCAGCCCUUUACCUACACUCCAGAUUCAGCAAAACAUGAUGUUCCUGUGAAGAGAGAGCCACCUUCUCCAGUGAAGACUUGUUCAUUUGAUGAACAAAUUAAAGUUCUAGAUGGUGCCUUGAUGCCUUCGAUGUUGCCUUUAGUGAAGAGAGAAGAUGUCACUCCGAUGGAGGUCACCAGCAACCUCCAAUCUUCUGGUGUAUUUAAGCAGACUGGUGACCUGUGUCCAGCCCAGCAGAACCCUGCGGGCGAACCUGACCAAGCCCAGGCUGCUGUUUUUCCCAACACAGAGCCCUUAGGCACUAUUCAGAAGCAGGACAUUGCAGCCACCAGCUCCUUCUCUGUGCCCGCCGACUCUUUGCUCCAGCAGGGAUCACAGCAGUUCCUCCUGGAGCCCAGAGAGGGCCUCGGACAGGAGAGGCCCGGCAGCGGCUCUGUAGCUGUAGGGAGGUUGUGUGGAGAACCUGCACCUCAACAGCAGCAACUGCCUCUUUUCCCCCCAGACGAAGUAGCCCAGCUGGAGGAGGCAGUGAGGCAGCUCAAAGCCAAAGGGUUCUGUAACUUACCACUUCAGUCUGACAACUCAAUGGCCAAACAGCAGCAGCAACACAUCCAGCACCAACAACAGAUCCAAAAACGGCAAAUUCAGCAGCAACAACAGCAACAAAUCCAGCAACAACAGCUUCAACAGCAGCAGGUUUUGGAGAAUUUACAGCAGCAGCUGUUUCAGUCACAGAUUCAGAUGCAGUGUGGCAUGUUUCAGGACGCCCCACAGGCCAAGAACGCAGAGCAGCAGGGCCCAUCACAGGGGGUGGUGCCAAACCAGGGGACUCUUUUCCAACAGGCCCAACAACAGCAACAACAACAGCAGCAGCAGCAACAAGCAGCAGCUCUCUUUCAGCAGGCGAGUAAUCUGCUCUCAAUUCAGACCAACUUCCUCCAACAGACACCAUCACACCCUUCACCACCCAUGUUCCACAAUCCCAGUUCUUUAGCUGAAACACAAGAUUCACAGGGAACGUUGUUCCAGAAAGCCUCUCAGGAGCAGGUCCAGGCCGCUCUCUUCCAAAACACCAUGACAGUACUACAGUCUCCGGACCAACAGCCCUCAACCCCUGGGCUUUUCCUCCCUCAGACAUCCCUGUCCUCUCAGCUCACAACCAGUAGUGCUCAACAACAACAGCAGCAACAACAACAGCAGCAGCAGCUGGCCUUCCUCAGUGCUCUACAAACGCCUGCCCCUAAACCACAAUCAGUAUUUCAGGCUCAAACUCAGCUCUCCCCCAUCCAACAGAGAAGCCCCAUGGAGCAGCAGCCGCCCUCCCAGCCUCCGCCCCACGCACAGCCAGCCCAGCAGUCUUCCCUGUUUCAGAACAUCUCUCCACAUCCAUCUGCAAACACACUUUCCCCAGGCCAGCAGCAGCAACAGCAGACUGGCCUACUGUUCUGCAACAACCCCCUGUCCCCUCCGGAUCAGGCCUCCAGCCUCCUGUUCAGCAGCCAGGGCCAGAUGCCACCGCUGACCAGCAGCAGUUUAGUUUCCCAAGAGCCUCCAAACGCCUCUCUGCUCUUUUCCCAAGCCAGCAUGGUGACAGUAAACCAGCAGGAUCGCUCUGAGCCCAUGGCCUUAGGGAACCCCACCGAUCCACGACAGCAAGUCAUAUUUCAGGAGCAACAGCCGAUGCAGCUGGGCAGCAGCUCAAACAGCCGGCAGGAGCAGCCUGUGGGGCUCUUUAUGCCUCAGUCUAACAUGGCCUCUCUGCAGGGUGGACUGGCUACUCAGGAGCUCGCACAGUCAGCCAUGUUUGCCUCACAGAACGGCGUGGCAAACCUCCAAACGACCACCUCCUCCCCUGUUCAACAGCCAGGGACUCUGUUUCAGACUGCUGUCAGUGGGAGCAUCAAUCAGCCCAGCCAGCCUCAACAACCGGGCCUCUUCCUUUUUGGGAUUCAGAACGAUUGUGACCAGCUGAUGAAUAGUCCUGGAAACACGCUGUCAGAUCAGAUUAUAGCCAUCAGCCAGUCUGGCCAGAACCAAAGAGAGAGUGACGCGCACAUCCAGUCUCUGCUCAGCCAGUCCCUGUCUCAGUCUGGGCCCGUGCAGAACAGCAUGACUGCCUCUCAGAACAUGGAGAAGAUGGAUGACCUGAUGGUCAGCCUGCACGAGUCCGGCAGCAACUUAGCUCGCUCAUACUAACCUCGACAUUUCAUUUUUAUAUGUAGAAUAAUUGUAAAAUGUAGACAAAUAGACAAAACACUACUACAGUAAAAUAAUUGUGAAUUAGCCCUGCAUCAUGAAGUUUGAGACAAACCGAAUAUUAUGUUCUUAAAUCUGAACUCUUAUUAUUUUUCUGCCCUAACACAAUAUCUGGUUUACUUUAAGACUGAGGGUUCAUCAGGAAAGAGCAGUGAAGGUGCUGCUGUCCUUGCUUAGCCAGUCUCCUCCUCUCGUGAUUGUUCUCCAGAGUGGCAUGAAUGAUAUCAGUUAUCUGACUGUUGAGGAUAAACUGGACAGUGAACUAUGAAUUUCUUUGCUGAGUGGGCUGGCCAAGAAAAGUGAAAAUCUCUUAUUGACUUCAUGACUGACUGACUCCCCCCCCAUUGUAACAAAUGUGCAGAAUUAGAUGGACUCCAGGUGAGAACAGGCAAAUUGUCAUUACUGAGAGGAAAAACACCAUUUGGUGCUUUGUUCUGCAACUUUUCCUCCAGAAGUACAGUAACCUUGUGGACUCGUUAUUCAUUUAACUUGUGAAGUUUAGUGUGUAUCUGUAGAUAGAUUGUCAGUGAUGUCAUUUCUUGGUUCUUGUGCCGUUUUUCUAAAGUCUCCAAAGUGUCUUGUGGUUUCCCUUUAAUACUUGUUGCAUGGAAGGUGGAGUGUGCGGUAGAGCAGCAAGGUUUCGACAGACUGUGGUAUGUAUGGUUGAAUACAUCGAUGAUGUGGAAGGUAGUUGACGUGGUUUGAAAUUAUUUUCACCCAACGGUGCAGAAAGUGUAUUGAAAGAAGGUUAGAGAUGAGGCAGAGAAGAGAGGUAGAAGAAAGUGGAAAAGUGUUCGACACUAAUCUGAUGUGUAAUCCCAAACAAGUGUCUUAUAUGUGGGUGCCGAUUGUUUAAAUGUUGUAGCAGCUAGCUUGCACCUGAUAAUAUGAGUAUAUUCACUCAAGCUGUCUCUGAUGGGCGACGAAGUGACUUUGGUUUUCAUUGAUGAUAUAGAAAGAAGCUGUGCUCAGUAGGUGUAUGACUAUAGUAUUGUGGCAUAUUGUUGCUAUCUACGAGAGGCCUGGAUAAAUUAGAUCUAUUCUUGUCUAGACCGGUUCGUUGCAGUAAUACCUGUAAAGAACAUUUGAAGUUCAGCCAACAGCUGUCUGUGUGGCUCUGCAGUGAAGCUCACCUCCAGCUGUCAAACAUAUCUUUCAGUAUGAGAUCCUUUACCAUCUCCACCACAGUGUGCAGACGGCACUUUGUGAUAUAGAUAAGCAAACGCUUUCAGGCUAACAUUUAGUCUGUAUUCAUCCAAACCAAACUGUGUCAGUUUGCUACCUUUUAGAGCAGAUUCUCCUUUUAAUACAUUACAAAGAGAUGGAUCUUUUAAGAAAGUGUGGCGGUAGAAAUAUGAUAGAAAAAUAGAAACAAAUAAAACAAAUAUUGGCUGAGACUUUUCUUUUUACAUGUAUGUUGAGCACGUUGCGAUGCUGUUCUUUGUGACCACUUUACUCAUCGAGGGUACGGUACAGUCCCACAGCAGGUGGUGGGGUUUUUUGUCAGCCGCCUGAACCUCUUUGUUUACAGGGAAGAGGAUACAUUUUGAAACAUGCUGUUACAACUUUCAACUAUUCAUUCCCAAAACAUUAUUUAUUCCUCAAAACCAGUGGAAAAAUGGGGAUCGGGACAUUUUUAUUCAAAUAAGAUUAUUUCACUUGGCAUAUAACUCUAAAUCAAACACAUCUAGAGAGAGUGGCAUUUAAUAUAGUAUAUUAUUAAUAUUAUGUGUUUUAGUGUCAUUUUGAUUGCAUCAUUCUGCGUCAGGCACGCAUGAACUGGAAUAGUAUGCUUAAAUCAGCUAGAAAAGAGCCUUUUUUUUAACCAGUUUUAUUAAUGUGACUGAUUUAGUGAAUGUAGAAGAGAAACAAACUGUACAUUAUACAUCUCAUCCAGGUUACGGUAUUAACAUGCAGUAACGGAGCCCAUUUUAUGUUUUCUUGUAAAUGCAGUCGUCUGGAGUCGUCCAGUGGCCUCAGGACCAAAGUUUGACUCAAAUCUUGCUUUGCUUAAAUCCUGAUGACAGGCCAGUUUUAUGGCUCGUGAGCUUUUAUUUUCCAUUUAUUUCUGAAGAAAAACAUAGACAUAGAUGGUUUCAUUGUUGGUCACGAUUGUCCUGCUGCCACACUUUUCUUUCUGUUGGUUUGUUGUGUUAGUUUGGGAAAGAAACACACGUUUGUGUCAUGUUUAGUUUCACUGUAAGUGUGUGCAUGAACGAGGGGCUGGUCUCUGAUGAUGACAGAAUUAGCUCAGUUGAAUGCCUCACUCGUUGUUUUCUGUGUACAGAUUGGUAGAAACACAUACACACGUUACAUUUUAUACACUUUAAAGUCACAAACCGCUGUUUUAUGAUGGAGAUUAUGUAAACUUGACUAAUGUGAUUUUGAGGAAGUACGAGUCUAAACGGUUGUGGGUGGUUUUUAAAGGGACCCUACUCCUGAAGGAAACCUGACGUUGGAGGAAAGAGCUAUCUGUGAUCGGCUUUCUUCAACUUGUGAAAUAGAAGAACUAAGAUUUUCCAGUGUUGAGUAUUUAUGAUUUUAUUUCUAUUUGUUUGUUUUACAAAGUUUAGAUCUUUUUUAUUUUGUAUUUUAAUCUGUGUAGUACCAGUCUCUCUCUUCGGAGAAGCAUAUCUAAUUUAUUUGUGUGUUUAUUAUCUAAAUUGUUUUCCUUUAUCAGUUGUGUUAAGAUAUUUUCUGUAUUGAUAACAAGCAAUGUCAUUUCACCCCCCCCCCCCCCCCCCCACACACACACAACGGCUGAUACUGUAACUGGCACCAUGGUGAUGCAUUUAAAUGAGAUUGUAGACCAUGAAUAACAUGUACAUUCCUGUGCACAGUUAUCUUUUUUGGAUAUUGUAAUAAUACACAACUUAAUGUACUUAUCAGGCGCUUGCUCAAGGUUUAUUAUUGGACACCUGGCCUUGUCGUCCCUCUUGACCACAUGGUUAAACGGGUUUUAAUCCCUCAAAACAGGACCAAAAAAUUUCAGUAUUUUUACUAUGAAUAUAGAACUGAUGUGAUCGUGUAGGCUGCCUGUAAAUGGCUCACUAAGAAUGUUCUGUUAUGCACAUACUGUGGAGGUAAUUACUUUUUUGAAAUUACAGUUUCCUCAUUUGUGUAUUUACAAUGUAACUGGAGAUCAGAAAUAUAUAAAAGAGUGACUCAUUAUACAGUCACUACUAACUAUGGAAAAGAGGGUAAUUGUUGAUAAAAGUUCCCAUAUUUCCUUCAGAUGCUGCAGACUCUAACUUUCUCUGUUUCUUGCAAUAGAACACGUGGUUUUCUUUUAUCAUUACCCAUUCAUUUAAUGUCAACAAAUUGAAUCUGCCAUCACAGGUGUUUCCCCCUAAAAUGUCACUUUAGACAUUAGUAGAUAUCGUACAUGUACAUAAAAAAAAAUGUUUUAAGCCAUAUGACUUUAAAUGCUCGACAACAGUGAGCAGAUAAAUGUGUAGUGCAAUUUCUGUCAUCCAUCUAACUUGUUUGUACUGAAGUAUCCAUUGCAUUUAUGUUAUAAAACGUAGAUGCAGACAAAUUUUCCCUGAAACUGCUAUGCAGCUAAUAUACUGUAAAUGUAGAUCUGUUAGUUUUUGAAUAUAUAUUUUUCUAAAUAGCAUCUCCUGUUUCCAGCAAAAAGGAGAAACCAAAGUAGAUGUUCUUUCUAUUAUUUAUGUUGCUUGUUGAAAUAUUUUCUUUGCUUUCAUUGUCGCCUGAAACCGAUUUUAAAUAUUUUAAUCAGUUAAAAUGCAAAUUUCUCUUCUCAACAACCAUCUCAGUCAUGUUUUUGUGUGUGGGGGGGACUUUCUUAAUAUAUGGCUUUUGUUGGGAUGUUUUUAAUUAUAUUGCAAUUACAUUUCUGUAAACUUGCUGCUAUCUAUAUUAAACAUAUAUUCUUUAAAUGUUACGCCCCUGAGCUUUUAUUUCAUGUUUUUGGUGUAAAUUGGGGGGGAUGAAUGUGAUUUUAGUUUUAAUUGAUACCGUGCCAAAGCACCUGCUCUGACACAGCUAAAGAUGUUGGCCCGUGACUGAUGGCUGAUGUAUUUUUUACAGAAAUACACGCGCUCAUAUGUCAUAUCUUCUAAGACAAAUAUUGUGAAAUUUACCCACUUCAUUACAGCUUGUGUACAACAUUUAUUUUUAGUUGUUGAGAAAUGUUCCCUCCUCCCACAGACUGUGCUAUGCUUCACAUAAAUAAUGAGAAAGCUUGGCAUUUAUGAUUUAUUUUAAUAAUCAAUAAUUGCAAUCUGACAUGAAUAUACAAUAUACAGAAAAUGUAAAAAAAAAAAAAAAGACCACAGGAAAAUAUAACACCUAAACCUAGCUUUGACUUAAUUAAAACAAUGAACUUCAAGUUGGAAACCAAAAGAUGACAUGCCACAGCUGCAUGAGAACAUCACCUCUGGCUCCUUCAUCCUGCUAUCAUUCAUAUACAAUUGUGUCC